GCGCAGGACGCAGCGAAGUGUCCCGGCUCCCCUCGAUGGUUCACCGCAGCCCGGAGGAGGGACGAGCUUCCAGGAGCCGCAGAGCCUCAGACAGCACAGCACCAUGCUGAAGCCGGGCGACCCGAGCGGCUCGGCCUUCCUGAAGGUGGACCCGUCCUACCUGCAGCACUGGCAGCAGCUCUUCCCUCAGGCUCAGCUCAAAGCUCCUCUGGUUCCUCCGGCCGACCGCCUCUCCAUCCCCGUGGACGCCCUGCGCCCGUCCCGCCUGCACAGCCACCUCCUGGCCUCCUCUCACUGCACCUCCUCCUCUUCCUCCUCCACGUCCUCCUCAGCAGCAGCAGCCUCCUCCUCCUCCUCCUCCUCGGCUCUCACCCCGUCCUCCUCCAUCUCCACCUCCCAGCUGCCCGUCCCCCAGCAGAUCGCCCUCUUCAGCCAGGCUCUGGCCCCGGUGUGCUCCGGUCCUCCAGGAGCUCCAGGAGGAGGAGACGUGGUGGUGGUGGUUCCUCCAGAGCCCCAGCAGCAGCAGCAGCAGCCCGGCCUGAACCUCCUCCACCCGGCCAAGGAGCAGAGCUGUGGGGGGGUGGGGGUGGUUUCGUCCAGCGUGAAGAGCGGCGACGACGGAGGGAAGUCCAGGUUGAAGCUGACGUCUGAGGAGCUGGACUACUACCUGUACGGACAGCAGAGGAUGGAGAUCAUCCCUCUGAGCAACCACACGGGAGAGGUCAACAACCGAUGCGACAUGUGUGCCGACAACAGGAACGGCGAGUGUCCGAUGCACGGACCGCUCCACUCCCUCCGUCGCCUCGUUGGAACCAGCGGCUCGGCGGCUCCCGUGACGCUGCCGGACGUCCCUGAUUGGCUGAGAGAUCUGCCCAGAGAGGUGUGUCUCUGCACCAGCACCGUUCCUGGUCUGGGUUAUGGGAUCUGUGCCGCCCAGAGGAUUCCUCAGGGAACCUGGAUCGGACCGUUCCAGGGAGUUCCUCUGCUGCUGGACAAGCUGCAGUCUGGAGCCGUGAGGAACACCAGACACCUGUGGGAGAUCUACGACGCAGAGGGGACGUUACAGCACUUUAUCGACGGUAACGAUCCCAGUAAGUCCAGCUGGAUGAGGUACAUCCGCUGUGCCAGACACUGUGGAGAGCAGAACAUGAUGGUUGUACAGUACCGGUCCUGUAUCUUCUACAGAGCGUGUAUGGAUCCCAGAGGAACCGAGCUGCUCGUCUGGUACAACGACUCCUACACCUCCUUCUUCGGCAUCCCGCUGCAGUGCGUCGCUCAGGACGAAAACCUGAACGUCCCAGCCACCGUGGUGGAGGCCAUGUCCAGACAGGAGUCCCUCCAGUCCUUCAGCAAAAACGGCAAACCCUCGUCCUCUUCGUCGUCCUCCUCCUCCUCCCCCUCCGCCGCCCUCAUGCGCUCCAUGGUCUUCCCUCACUCGCCCUGCUCCCGGAGCUUCUCCCUGCUGGAUAAGGUCGGCGUCGGCGUCCAGUCGGACUCCGGUUUUGGCCAGCUGGGGGCGAAGAACCAGCGCAUCCUGGCGAGCCCGACCUCCACCAGCCAGCUGAGCAGCGAGUUCAGCGACUGGCACCUGUGGAAGUGUGGGCAGUGCUUCAAGACCUUCACCCAGAGGAUCCUGCUGCAGAUGCACGUCUGUCCGCAGAACCCCGACAGACCCUACCAGUGUGGCCACUGCUCCCAGUCCUUCUCCCAGCCCUCAGAGCUGAGGAACCACGUGGUGACGCACUCCAGCGACCGGCCCUUCAAAUGCGGAUACUGCGGCCGGGCGUUCGCCGGCGCCACCACGCUCAACAACCACAUCCGUACGCACACCGGAGAGAAGCCGUUCAAAUGCGAGCGAUGCGACCGCAGCUUCACACAGGCCACUCAGCUCAGCCGCCACCAGCGACUCCCCAACGAGUGCAAACCGGUGAACGAGAGCAGCGAGUCCAUCGAGGUGGAUUAACGCUCCACCGGCUGUUUACGACCGGCGCUGCGUCCGCAUCAGACCGGACGUCUUUUUUCCUCUCCGUCCACACAGAUUUCCGUCCCAAAACGUCCAUUUUUCUUUCGCUCCGUUCUCCACGAUGAGCAGAACAAAGUAAAGCUAAAAAAUUAAUCCUCCUGCUGUCUUCACUUGUGGGAACCCAAAAAAGUAUUGUAAAUCCAAAAAUUCAGCAAAAAAAUUUCCCAAAUUUUGCAAUAAUUCAUUAAAAAUUUCCCUUAAGUUUUAUUUCAACAAAAUUCUUGUAAAUACUUUCAAAAAAUUAGAAAAAAAAUUUUCCAAAAAAUUCUAAUUUUUUAAAAAAGUGAUUCCAUAUAUAUCAGUAGAGCUUCUAAUAUGUUCUUUAAGAACAUUCACUUAAAAGUCAUUUUUUUGUGAAUAUUUGUAAAGAAACAUUUUUAACAUUUCUUUUUCCACCAAAAAAUUUCAAAGAUCUGAAGUCCC